UGUACCUUGGAGGAAAAGCUUUGGGGAGGUCGUGCGCGAGGGGCAACGCGUUUGUGUGGAGACCUUGCGGGAUACACACAGCACGAGCACUGAUGGAGCGAAAGGACCAUUAGCUAUAGUCCUGGGGAAAUACGCAGCCUGUUUGUUUUAUCAGCACUGUCAGCUGUGUGACUAUUUGAUAAAAUAUGAUAAACUGGGCAGCGCAAUGUUCUUGAGCUGUUAAACAUUGACUCGCCCUUUCGCCUCUUUGUGCUGCGCUCAGAAGAUCACAGUUGUUUACGCAUGCAGAAGCAGUAUUCCAUGUCUCUCCUUUGCCCUGUUAUUGAUGGGAAACCAACUGGACCGGAUCACACACCUGAACUACAGCGAGCUACCCACCGGGGAUCCAUCCGGAAUCGAGAAGGACGAGUUGCGUGUUGGCGUGGCAUAUUUCUUUUCAGAUGAGGAGGAAGAACUGGACGAUAGAUCCCAGACGGAUAGCUUUAAAGACAACAACAGUCCGAGCAAAGACGGUCCGGUAGUGCUCAAUGAGAUCGAGUACUCGGCGUUCUGCUGCCAGGAAUGUAUCUACUCAAAACUGCGAGAGAACGAGGACCUGAAUGUUUAUUCGGUGAAAACUUUAUUAACCAUGUGCAAACCCGGAGAUCUAUUGGAGUUAGUGGCCAGCGCGCAAGCCCCGCACUGGGCGAUAUUUGAAGGGGAGGACCAGGUUAUACACCUCUACAAAGGGGAGAUCCGCAAAGACAGCUUGUUUGAGAUCAGCUGCGGUCGGCAGGGCAGGAUAGUAAACAAUCGGUACCGGUACCGGCCGCUGCCUGCCGAUUUGGUGAUGCAGAACGCGAGCGGGCACCUUGGGCUCAGCAGCGGCGAGAUUUGCUGGACGAACUCGGAAAGUUUCGCUGCCUGGUGCCGUUUCGGCAAACGGGAGCUUAAAGCGGGCGGGGAGGCGCACUCGGUCGAGCAGCGUUACUUUCUGAAGGUGCACCUGUCCGAGAGCACCGUGCACACGCUCGUGUUCCGCAGCCUCGAGGAGAUGAUACGAGAGAGACGGCGGGUGGACGCCAGUGGGAUUCUGACGGAGCUGUCGUUGGUUAACGGAAAGGAAUGAGGGGGAUUUCGUAGUCUCGUCGUGGACCGAAGGGGACUCGCAUGCCUUAUACAAGGGCAUCGUACCUUUAUGUCAAGACUUUAAGAGGGCUGUGCGUAUUUGUGUGAAAAUGUGGAAAAUUUUGGCAAAGACAACGCCCCGUCUGGGUAUGGCGUGAGAACCGACCGUCCCACUUAAGUCAUCCUGUACCUUUUAAAGGAAAAAUAUUAAAAAUGACAAUAAGGUGAGCCCUCACAACAGAUCGUCCGUGACCGCUCCCCUGAAUUCGUACCCGAGCCCUAUAGACCUUGGUUCGCGCUGCGGCAGAUGGUGCUUAUGGAGCCAGGGUGCAUUCAAUGUCUUGUCUUUUUUGAACUCCAGAGCUUUAAGAAUACACGCGAGCCAUGGAGCUCCGUCAUUGAGCAUCUGUCCAGCUGAAUUAGUUGAAAACCGAUCCAAACACUCCGAACCUCUACUGGCGGCAACACGCGAGCCAUUGUUUUCAUUCUGUUACCAACAAACGCGGCAAACAUGCUUUUGUUUUUGAAAUCCAUAUUUUUGUAUUUCAGUUAGUACCUUCAAAAAAAUGUUUUUAUUGAAAUAAACGUAGAUUGCCCUAUGAAAAUCA